AUGCUCGCCAUCCUCAAAGUGUUCGUGGUGUUCUUGGGGGUCCUGGUCGGCGUGGUCCUGCGCUACGGCAUCCACGUCCCCAGCGAUGUGAACAACGUGACGCUGAGCUGCCAGGUGCAGACCAGUCCUGCCACGCUGCUGGUGAACGUCAGCGGGAAGUACUACGAGUACACCCUGAAGGGGGAGAUCAGCGCCCAGGAGCUCAAUAACGUCCAGGACAACGAGAUGCUGAGAAAGGUGACUUUUGAUCCUGAAGUGUUUUUCAACAUUUUGCUUCCUCCAAUUAUAUUUUAUGCAGGCUACAGCUUGAAACGGAGGCACUUCUUCAGAAACUUGGGAUCCAUCCUGGCAUACGCCUUCCUUGGCACUGCAAUUUCCUGCCUGGUGAUUGGCUCUGUCGUGUAUGGCUGCGUGGCGCUGAUGAAAGUCACUGGGCAGCUUGGGGGAGACUUCUACUUCACUGACUGCCUCCUAUUCGGUGCCAUCGUGUCAGCUACUGACCCAGUGACUGUUCUUGCCAUAUUCCAUGAACUCCAGGUUGAUGUUGAGCUGUAUGCCCUGCUCUUUGGCGAAAGCGUCCUCAAUGAUGCCGUUGCCAUAGUGCUGUCUUCUUCAAUUGUUGCGUACCAGCCAGCGGGUGACAACAGCCACACAUUCGAUGUCACAGCGAUGUUCAAGUCCAUCGGGAUCUUCCUGGGGAUAUUCAGUGGCUCUUUUGCAAUGGGAGCAGCUACCGGAGUUGUGACAGCUUUAGUCACCAAGUUCACCAAACUUCGGGAGUUCCCGUUGCUGGAGACUGGCUUGUUCUUCUUGAUGUCCUGGAGCACGUUCCUGCUGGCUGAAGCAUGUGGCUUUACAGGUGUGGUGGCUGUGCUCUUCUGCGGGAUCACACAGGCCCAUUACACCUAUAAUAACUUAUCUACAGAGUCCCAGCACAGAACUAAGCAGUUAUUUGAGCUGCUGAAUUUCUUGGCAGAAAACUUCAUCUUCUCCUACAUGGGACUCGCACUGUUCACCUUCCAGAACCACGUCUUUAACCCUACCUUCGUGGUGGGGGCUUUCCUUGCUAUCUUCCUAGGAAGAGCUGCCAAUAUUUACCCUCUGUCAUUUUUACUGAAUUUGGGGAGAAGAAAUAAGAUUGGAACAAAUUUACAGCACAUGAUGAUGUUUGCUGGGCUGCGAGGAGCCAUGGCCUUCGCCUUGGCCACCGGCGACCCAGCCCCGUACGCCCGGCAGAUGAUGUUCAGCCCGACGCUCCUCAUCGUCUUCUUCACCGUGUGGGUUUUCGGGGGGGGCACCACGGCCAUGCUGUCCUGCCUGAACAUCCGAGUCGGUGUGGAUGCAGACCAGGAGAAUGUGGGUGUCCCGGAGAGCGAGAGGAGGAGUACGAAGGCAGAAAGCGCCUGGCUCUUCCGCAUGUGGUACAACUUCGAUCACAACUAUCUGAAGCCUCUGCUGACACACAGCGGGCCCCCGCUGACCACCACACUGCCAGGGUGCUGUGGGCCUAUUGCCCGGUGCCUGACGAGUCCACAGGCGUAUGAAAAUCAGGAGCAGCUGAAGGACGAUGACUCUGACCUCAUUUUGAACGACGGGGACAUCAGUCUGACCUACGGGGACUCCACUGUCAACACCGACUCUGUGGCAUCCAGUGGCACGUCCCGGCGCUUCGUGGGCAACAGCUCUGAGGAUGCACUGGAUCGGGAGCUUGCUUUUGGGGACCAUGAACUCGUAAUCCGGGGAACGCGCCUGGUCCUUCCCAUGGACGAUUCAGAGCCACCGUCAAACGUCCUGGAUAACGCAAGGCACGGUCCAGCAUAAGGUUGCUUGGUUUGAUUGACAGUAAUAUUUGCAUAUAUGAUCAAGAAAUAUGUACUACCUAAAGUCUAAUGCAUGUCUCGAAAUGUCUAAGCUGUAUAAAUAUUAUUUAUAUGGUGUCAGAAGAAUAUAAAUAUUCUCUGCCAAGCACUUGUAAAGAACAAGCUGCAAAUUUAAGUUAAA